AUGUCGGGAUUCCGAUCCGAGGGUAAUAAGAUGGAAUUCGUCAAUCGGUUUUGCACAUUGCAAGAACCGAAGAGUUUUCUUCACCCUGACGACGUUAAAAUAAUACACCUGCUUAUGCAGAACACUCAUCUUUCUGUCAAACUUGGCAAAUGUUUUUCCAACUUUUUUCGGGCUUCUCGUGGAGUCCCACAGGGGGUUUCGCUAUUUUCGGCCCUCUUCGUUGUAUACCUUGAAGCAGCACUAAGAGAGUUCAGAGCUCUCGUUGGGAACAAUUAUGAGGAGAUGAUAUAUGCAGACGAUCUGGACUUUGUUUUUGAGAAAAUUCAAACACUUCAGCACAUUUUCAACAAACUUCCAUACGUAUUCUCGAAAUGGUUUUUAUCCGUAAAUUCCAAUAAAACGAAAUUUACAAUGCUCACACGUAUUGAUCGUAGAUCCGACGAAUCUUGGAGAAGGCAAAUGAAACUGGGCUCGCAUCUAGGUGACUCAGAAGAUGUUACUCGCAGGAAGAUUCUUGCUAUGGAUGCAUUAACAAAAUAUCGGCUAUAUGGAAUCACAAAAAAUAAGAUUAAAUACCAGGCUCAGGAUAUAUAA